GAAAGCUUAUUUUAAGGGAAAACUUGUCAGUUGAGGUUAUGGUACUGUCGGAAACAGCAAAAAUAUCUGAUCCGAAAUUUGCCCUUUAUAUAGAUCAAAAAUUGCAAAAUUGCCAAUUCAGUCAUUCUCCUAACUUCUAGCUCCUAUUCCUGCGUGGCUUUAUUCGUAAUUUUCUUCAAUUCUAAUGUUGUUUCUAUUUCUUUGUUGAUUCUCUCGUCACAGUCUAACCUGCCACUACUCUUUCCAUUCUCUCUCAAAUGGAAUCGCCAUCUCUAUCAACGGCAACUCGAAUUUCAACGAUCAGAGAAUCAGAAAAUUCCUUUUAGAGAGAGAAACAGAAACUGUUAUAGAGAGAGAAAGAAAGAAAGAACUGUGAAAUUCAAAGGGAAGGGAUGGCGAUCCCCGAAGCUGACCGCCAACGAACCAAAGGGAGACCUCCAACGUCGUCGUCAAGUCGACCGGCGGCUCGACCGCCGGUUGGAGUUAGAGUUCCUCUCCGGCAGCUGCUUCGAGUCGCCUCCGUCGGGUGCGGGAUACAAUUCGGGUGGGCCUUACAGCUCUCUCUCUUGACACCUUACGUUCAAGAGCUAGGUAUACCUCAUAAGUGGGCCAGCAUCAUAUGGCUCUGCGGACCGCUUUCAGGCCUCCUGGUGCAGCCUCUGGUGGGCCACAUGAGUGACCGAUGCACCAGCAAGUUCGGUCGUCGCCGACCUUUUAUUGUGGCUGGUGCAGUCUCCAUUAUCAUAGCCGUUUUGAUCAUCGGUCACUCUGCCGAUAUCGGGUGGUUGUUCGGCGAUAGAGGGAGCUAUCGCCCUAGAGCUAUCGUGGUGUUUGUUUUGGGGUUUUGGAUUCUUGAUGUUGCUAAUAACAUGACUCAAGGUCCUUGUAGAGCUCUUCUUGCUGAUCUUACUGGAAAGGAUCAUCGAAGAACUCGAGUGGCAAAUGCUUACUUCUCGCUAUCCAUGGCUGUUGGCAAUGUUUUUGGCUAUGCAACAGGAUCAUACAGUGGUUGGUUUAAGAUUCUUCCAUUUACCAGGACAGCUGCCUGUGAUGUUGACUGUGCAAAUCUCAAGUCUGCUUUCUUUCUAGACAUUGUUUUUAUUGCAAUUACAACAUAUCUGAGUGUUUUAGCUGCUAAGGAAGUGCCUCUAGGUUCAUGUCAUAGAUCUACACCCGUUCACGGAGAGGCGCCUGAACAGCUAGGUGGCCAGGCUGAAGAAGCAUUUUUAUGGGAAUUAUUUGGAACAUUUAGAUAUUUCUCAGGCCCUAUAUGGAUAAUCUUGUCUAUUACUGCUCUGAAUUGGAUUGGAUGGUUCCCUUUUCUUCUCUUUGAUACUGACUGGAUGGGUCGAGAGAUCUAUGGUGGUCAGCCAAAUGAAGGGGAGAAUUAUAAUGCAGGGGUCAGAAUGGGCGCAUUGGGAUUGAUGUUGAAUUCAGUUGUUCUGGGAAUUACUUCAGUGCUUAUGGAGAAGCUUUGUAGCAAAUGGGGAGCUGGUUUUGUCUGGGGAGUUUCAAACAUUCUCAUGGCUCUGUGCUUUCUCUCAAUGCUCAUUCUAUCUUAUGUGGCAAGUCAUAUGGAUUUUAUUGGCCAUGAUCUACCCCCAGAUGGCAUUGUGAUUGCUGCACUAGUGAUUUUUGCCAUUCUUGGUGUUCCAUUGGCAAUCACUUAUAGUGUUCCUUAUGCCUUGAUAUCUACUCGUAUUGAGUCUUUGGGACUUGGCCAAGGAUUAUCCAUGGGUGUCCUGAAUCUUGCUAUUGUUAUUCCACAGGUUGUGGUGUCUGUGGGAAGUGGGCCAUGGGAUCAACUAUUUGGUGGUGGAAACUCGCCAGCUUUUGCUGUAGCUGGUGUUGCAGCCCUCACCAGUGGACUGAUGGCAAUCUUGGCUAUCCCUCGAAGUAGUUCACAGAAGCCCAGGGCCCUCCCAUGAGUAACUAAGUUUCCAGAAAUACUGAUUGAGGCCUCCCUUCAGAAUAGAAAUGGUGGACACCACGUGGAAGGAAUGACGGAAAAUGAAAAUACUAAUAGGGUAUUAUUUUGCCUAUUUAUGAUGGCAACUUAAAUGUAAUGUUAACAGAUAUUAUAGCUUUCAAUGAAUUUUGUCCAAAGCAAAAAAGAAAGCUAUAUUGUAGCUUUCAUUGAAUUCUGGAUGAGACAAGUUAUCUAAAAUCAGUGGAGAAUUUUUUUUUUUUUGUUGAAAAACCUGUCCACCUGCUGGAAAUGUUGGUGAAAGCCUCGUAUGUUGCAUUCAAGAAUCAGUCGAUUCAGUCCCAAGACUACUUUCUUAGCGCCAAGAUAAGUUGCUGCUGAUUGGGAUCUAUUCCUUACGAAAACAUCAAACUUUUUUUUUUUUGGGUGAAAGGAAAUCUUGCAAUUGUCCAAUUUGUGGCCCAAUCAUGAUGUAUUGGAAUCUCAUGCAUUUUGUGCCCGAAUUUGUUGGAUGAAGGUGGUGAAUUAUGCUUUAUGGCAAACAGUAUGUGAGUUGUGCUGAAUGAAACCUUGAUGGGGACGUCUUUUAUGCUCUGAUUUUUUUUUUUUUGAA